AUGUCCAGAGCAGUAGGCAUUGACUUGGGUACCACAUACUCAUGUGUGGCACAUUUCACGAAUGAUCGAGUUGAGAUCAUUGCAAACGACCAGGGUAAUCGUACCACGCCCUCGUACGUGGCGUUCACAGACACUGAGCGGCUAAUUGGUGACGCGGCAAAGAACCAGGCCGCGAUCAACCCCGCUAACACGGUGUUCGACGCUAAGCGUCUGAUUGGACGGAAGUUCGACGACCCUGAGGUGGUAAACGAUGCCAAGCACUUCCCAUUCAAAGUGGUUGCGGCCGAAGGCAACAAAACAGAAAUCCAGGUGGAGUACAAGGGCGAAACCAAGCGCUUCACGCCUGAAGAAAUUUCCUCGAUGGUACUGGGAAAGAUGAAGGAAACCGCGGAGGGUUACUUGGGCCAGACAGUCACUGAUGCCGUGGUAACCGUUCCUGCGUACUUCAACGACUCGCAGAGACAGGCAACCAAGGACGCUGGUACAAUCGCCGGACUAAACGUCCUUCGUAUUAUCAACGAGCCAACCGCGGCCGCAAUCGCAUACGGUCUUGACAAGAAAGGCCGCAGCGAACACAACGUGCUAAUUUUCGACUUAGGCGGUGGUACUUUCGACGUGUCGCUACUGUCCAUCGACGAAGGCAUCUUCGAGGUCAAAGCCACCGCUGGUAACACCCAUCUUGGUGGUGAAGACUUUGACAACCGUCUCGUGAACCAUCUGGCCAACGAGUUCAAGCGCAAGACAAAGAAGGACCUUACUGGCAACCAGCGUUCUCUGCGCCGUUUGAGGACUGCAGCAGAACGUGCCAAGCGUGCCAUCUCCUCUUCUGCGCAAACUUCCAUUGAAAUCGACUCCCUAUUCGAGGGUAUCGACUUCUACACCUCCAUUACUCGUGCGCGUUUCGAGGAGCUGUGUGCAGAUCUGUUCCGCUCCACGCUUGAACCUGUGGAGAAGGUGCUAAGAGACGCCAAAAUCGACAAAUCCAACGUCGAUGAGAUCGUGCUGGUGGGUGGUUCCACGCGUAUCCCUAAAGUUCAGAAGCUGGUUUCCGACUUCUUCAAUGGUAAAGAGCCAAACCGUUCCAUCAACCCCGAUGAGGCAGUUGCCUAUGGUGCAGCUGUUCAGGCCGCCAUCUUGACAGGUGACUCGUCUUCUAAGACUCAAGACUUGUUGUUGCUGGAUGUGGCGCCACUGUCGUUGGGUAUCGAGACCGCAGGCGGUAUCAUGACGAAGUUGAUCCCCCGUAACUCUACUAUCCCAACGAAGAAGUCCGAGACAUUCUCUACCUAUGCUGACAACCAGCCCGGCGUUUUGAUCCAGGUGUUUGAAGGUGAAAGAACCAGAACGAAGGACAACAACCUGUUGGGUAAGUUCGAAUUAAGCGGUAUUCCACCUGCACCAAGAGGUGUCCCACAAAUCGAGGUCACCUUUGAUCUAGACGCUAAUGGCAUUCUUAACGUUUCCGCUGUCGAGAAGGGUACCGGUAAGUCAAGCAAGAUCACUAUCACCAACGACAAGGGUAGAUUAUCCAAGGAGGAUAUCGAAAGAAUGGUCUCAGACGCUGAGAAGUUUAAGGCUGAGGAUGAGAAGGAGGCCGAACGUGUUCAGACCAAGAACUCUCUCGAGGCUUACGCAUUCAGCUUGAAGAACACAGCUGGUGAAUCAGCCUUCAAGGAGAAGGUUGGCGAAGAGGAUGCACGCAAACUGACAACUCUGGUGGAAGAGACCAUCUCGUGGUUAGACUCCUCCCAAGCUGCAUCUACCGAAGAGUACAAAGACAAACAGCAAGAACUUGAGGGCGUCGCGAAUCCUAUCAUGACUAAAUUCUACCAAGCUGGUGGCGCUCCUGGUGGCGUUCCCGGUGGCGCUCCUGGCGGCGCUCCUGGAGCCGGCUUCGGCGGUGCGGGUGCUCCUGGCGCGGGUUCUGGAUCCGCCGGUGGAGACUCGGGCCCAACGGUCGAGGAAGUGGACUAA